AUGAUACCAACGGCUAAUCGACUUCUUUUAAGGUACCGAACACUCUGGUUGUCAAGAAUCAUGUCUUCCCCGGCUGAGAAUACACAGCUUGCAUCUCAUUUGUUUGAUGAACUUCUAGGCUCUAUAAUCAUGGAUGUUUCAUCUGAGUGUCACCGAAUUGCAAGAUUGGGACUUGACCGAAAUCUAGAUGAUGAAGAAGAAGAACUAAGGCUAUCAGCACAAGCUAGGGCAAGAGUAGCAGAUCCAAGCAAUAGUGAAACAAAUAGCAAAUAUGUUGUUGACAUUUUUGGUCAAACUCAUCCUCCUGUAGCCACUGAAAUAUUCGAUUGCAUGAACUGUGGUAGAGCUAUUGUUGCUGGAAGAUUCGCUCCUCAUUUGGAAAAAUGCAUGGGGAAGGGGAGGAAGGCGCGUGUCAAGUCAACAAGAAGUAGUACAGCUGCUGCUGCACAUAAUCGUUUUGAUUUUUGA